CGCGGGGAGUGGACACGCUGGAAUAGGAAGUAGUUCCUCUCGCCGCAAACAGACGUGGCAAAAGAACCGUUAAUUUGAUUCGAUCAACGUUGUCGGUUAUUAAUCAUCAGCGAAUUCUUUUAGAUCGAGAUUAUGGCCUCUGGUGUGGGCAAAUGGGAGGUGGUGAGGAAAGGAAAGAAACAGAACUCCGGAGGAAAAACUCAGGAGAAGAAAUCCGGCCGAAAAGCGCUGAGUGAGGCCAACAUUGACAGCAACCACGUGAUGUCUGAGACCAUAUUUGACGGCUUUGAGAAGAUGGGGAAGAAGCAGAACAAGGAGCAGGUUCCUCCGCCGGCCGAAGCCCAGCAGAAGAAACCCAGCGCCACGAAACCGACCAAAAAAAAUCCCCCCAACAGCAGCAACAAACCCAUACGCUACAAAACUCUGGAGGAGGCCGUCAGAGCCCUGGAUGUUCUGGAGCUAAAGCAGCAGCUGGAGAAAAGUCAGAGUCUGUUUCCUGAGAAUCCGUCGGUGUGGGUCAAGGAUCUGGCCGGAUACCUGAACUACAAGCUCCCCGCUCCGGACCCGGAGCCCACACUCAGCAGCUACGCUCACGAUUACCCAUACUGCCUCGCUGGUAAGGAGCUGAGGGCCGUGAUCAAGAACCUGCUCAGCAAAUCUUCAGAGUCGCUGCCCGAGUUCUUCGACCACUGUGUGUUCACGAUGCUGCGGGAGCAGGACCGACAGCCCGGUGAGUUUAACCCUGACCCGCAGACCGGUGAUUCUCUGCACGGAUACCGCAUGUGUAUCCAGGCCCUGAUGCAGGACAAGCCCCAGAUCGUCACACUGAACCUCGCUGAACACCUGGAGCUGCUGCGCUCUCAUCAGAGCCGGCCGGUCAAGUGUCUGACCAUCAUGUGGGCUCUGGGACAGGCGGGAUUCUACGACCUCAGCCAGGGCAUCAGAGUUUGGUUGGGGAUCAUGCUUCCUGUUCUCGGGAUCAAGGCUCUGUCUGCGUACGCCAUAGCUUAUCUGGAGCGCCUGCUCACUCUUCAUGCCAACCUGACCAAAGGUUUCGGGAUCAUUGGGCCGAAGGAGUUCUUCCCGCUGCUUGACUUCGCUUACAUGCCCAAAAAUGCUCUCUCUCAGAGUCUGCAGGAGCAGUUGUGUCGGCUGUACCCGCGGCUCAAGGUCCUGGCGUUUGGAGCCAAACCUGAAUCGACUCUGCACACGUAUUUCCCAUCGUUUCUGUCCCGAGCCACGCCAAACUGCCCUGACGCCAUGAAGAAAGAGCUGCUCCGGAGCCUGACGGAGUGUUUGACCGUCGACGGACAGAGUUUGAGCGUCUGGAGACAGUUAUACACCAAACACCUGCCUCAGUCCAGUCUUCUGUUGAAUCACCUGCUGAAGACGUGGAACACACUUCCACCUAAGUUGCAGAAAAACCUUCAGGACACCAUCCAGUCGUUCAGAGUGACCAAUGAUGAGCUUCAGAGCGGCACACACACACAGCACAUCAGUGACUGCAACUCCCUCUGUCACUCCCUGCAGCAGAAGAUGCACGGGCAGGGCUUCCCGUGGUGGCGCAUGCUGAUGAUGUCACUGGUGUUCGUGGCGGGCUUCAUCGCACAUGACGUCAGGUCACAGGGGUCAUUCAGCGGCUCCACCACAGCACUGUACCUGGAGAGGUCAGGGGUCACGGCCGUAUCCCUACAGGCCUGGAGUAAAGUGUCACACUACAGCCAGCAGAGCGUCAGGUGGCUGGCAGAGAACACCCCUCACUAUUACUCCCGUGCCCUGGAGGUGAGCGGUCCGCUGCUGGAGGACGCUCGUGAGAGGUUAAAGGUCGCGGCGCUCUUCAUGGCUCAGAGGAGCUCCGAGCUCUUGCUGUCUCUGCAGGAGAACGUGCCGCUGCUCAUUCAGUGGGUCCAGGCGAACACUCCUGAGAGUGUGUUUGAUCUUCUGGAGUGUGUGAAGCAGCUGCUGCUGUAUGUCCAGGAGCACGUCCUCGUCCCGGCGCUGCAGUAUCUGACCGCUGCUCUACAGAGCAUCUGGAGGAACCUACAAGAGUCCUGCAAAGGAGAGGUGUCUCUGCACUGCUUACAGAAGCACCUGAGAUCCUUCACCAACAGCACCUGGAUGUACCUGCAGGACGCCACGUCUGCCGCCAAGAGCCGAGCGCAGGAGCUGCUGUCACGAGCGUGAUGCACUCACACACACAAUCUCUCUACUUUACUUUGUCAGUUUGCAUGAUUUUAUAUCUGUUGUACUGACAGUUCUGUCUUUUAUGCGGAUGUUUUCCUGGUGUUCUGUAGCUCUGUGUGGAUCACUAAUGACUACUGCUGCUGGCUGAGCUCUGUACUUGAACACUGAACGUUAUUAAUGUGACUGAGCGGACGGAUACUGUCUGUCAGGACAGGGGUUGCUAUGGAAAUCGCAUUGUUGUUGAAAUACAAUGUAUCAUUUGAAGCAGGCGUGUGUCCUGUCAGAUGAGCUGAUUUGUUACUUUGUAAAUGAUUUAUAAAUAAACCAAUGCUGUUCAGUCCUA